CGUGCGGGAACUGUAACUGCAUUUUUAGUUCCUCUUUGCAGCUGUUUCGGGAGGUUUCUUUUGGGGGCGGAGAAAAAGCAGAGUCUGGGAUUUAAAAGAGGUUUUAAAAGAGCGGAGAAAGACGAAUUCGUGGCGGUUGAGAAGCCCUCCGGGUUUUGCUCGUGUUAUGUCGAGGUCUUAGAACUAAAUCGACUCAGUGAUAAGCACUGAAGCAGGAUUACUCUCCUUUCGGAGGAAGAUGGCUUCUGAGGAGUCCAGGCCUCUUUUGAGCCCCACUGCGGCGGAGGCAGAAUUGCCUAGCAGCGAGAGACGCUCCCAAGUGGAAGAUUAUCUCAGAAAGGUUCAAAACCGGAACCUCUACCUGGCCACGUUUGCGGCCGUCCUGGGCCCCCUAAGCUUCGGGUUCGCCCUGGGCUACAGCUCGCCGGCCAUUCCGAGCCUAAAGAGAAGCGGCAAUCCGGAAUUAAGGCUGGACGAUAGCCAAGCUUCAUGGUUUGGGUCUAUAGUAACUCUGGGGGCUGCAGCUGGCGGGAUUCUGGGCGGAUACGUCGUGGACAAAGUCGGCCGGAAGCUUAGCCUGAUGUUCUGCGCGGUCCCGUACGUUCUAGGAUUCACGGUCAUCAUUUCUGCUCAGAAUGUCUGGAUGCUUUACCUGGGCCGGCUGCUGAGUGGCUUGGCCAGUGGCGUCACGUCCUUAGUCGUCCCGGUAUACAUUUCUGAAAUCGCUCACUCCAAAGUUCGCGGGAGGCUGGGGUCCUGCGUCCAACUCAUGGUGGUGACGGGCAUCUUGGGAGCCUACAUGGCAGGCAUGGCAUUGGGGUGGCGCUGGCUGGCGGUCUUCUGCUCCCUCCCGCCAUGCUUCAUGCUGGGGCUCAUGGCGUUCAUGCCGGAGACGCCUCGUUACCUGCUGAGUCGCAACCAGCCGGGGGAAGCGAUGGAGGCGCUCCAGUUCCUGCGGGGCCCCCUGGUGGACCACGGAUGGGAAUGCAGGGAGAUCGAGGCCAAUGCCGACGAACAGGAGACGCUGAGCAUUGCCGAAUUCAAGAACCCGGCCAUUUACAAGCCCUUCUUCAUUGGCAUCACCAUGAUGUUCUUCCAGCAAGUCUCUGGAAUCAACGCCAUAAUGUUCUACGCGGAAACCAUAUUUGAAGUGGCCAGCUUCAAGGAUAGUGGUGCUGCAUCGGUCAUUGUGGGGUCUGUCCAGGUCGUUUUUACAGCAACUGCGGCUCUGGUGAUUGAUAAAACAGGGAGGAGAAUCCUUCUGAUCAUCUCAGGAUUCAUCAUGGCGGCCAGCGCUGCGGUGUUUGGAAUGUAUUUCAAAAUGGCACUCCCAAAUUUCGGCAGUACCUCCCACAAUAACUUCCAGAACUCCCCUCUGGGCAUUGCGUUCGCGGGCGAGGAACACAACCUGGCGUGGCUCGCGGUGUUGAGUCUGUGUUUCUUCAUCAUGGGCUUCGCCUUGCCUUGGUUUGGGAGGAAGACCUCCAUGUUUUAUAUGGAUGUGAAAACACGGUUCUACCUUCCGAAGCAGAGGUCCUCCUCACGCCUUACGGUCCUCCUCACGCCUUACGGUACUUUCUGGCUCUUCUCUGCCAUGUGUCUCCUGAACGUCCUCUUCACGAUCUUCUUCGUUCCCGAAACAAGGGGGAAAAGCCUGGAAGAGAUCGAGGCUUCCUUUCAGAGACCACGUUAGCUGCUGACCAUGUGCUGGACAGUCCCCUUGUCCCUGGGAUUUCAUCAAGGCCACAACACUAGCUGUCCAGGACUGGAUUUCCCAUGAACAAGGAGCCCAAUGCAAAUGAGCCACAUGUCUUGGCCAAGUUUCCGUCUCAUCCCUGUGAUCAAGAAAGAUAAGGGGCGAUGAGAGGUGGGGGGGCAGGUGCGUGGGAACACACACACACACACACACCCCGGAGCAUUACAGGAUUCCACCCUGAGUUUUGGCUCUCAGGGGCUGACGACUCUAUUCCUGCACAUCCGCUUUCGGUUGUAACAGUUACUCGCAUGAGGCUGAGUUAUUAGUUUGGUCUACUUCUUUUUCAAUGGCUCUGCACAACCACUUAAAAUGAGACGCCCGUGUUGCCAAGAAAAAGGGGUUGUGUGUCGGAGAAGGCAUUGCAGUUGCGGGUUGGAUGCAGGGCAGGGAAAACCUUACUUGAUUGCUGCUGAUUAUUUUGAGGACUGAAUGUUUGCCCAUUUAUUUUUUUUCGAAACUGACGUCACUCAAAACCCUCCUGGAGAGAAAUGAACCGAGCACAGCACGGAUGCUUCGAGGGACUCCGCUUUGUCUCAAGCGGCUGCUCGUCGCAGGUUUUAUUCCCCCUUGUCCGGUUUUGAACGUACAAUCCAGAGUGGCGUUUUUGCUGAAAAAGGCAGCUGGAAAAGUUGCCUCCAAAGCGAACGGACUUAAUUGCGGGACGGUGGACUUAAAAGCGACGUACGUACGGGUGAGGCACAAGGGGGCGUUUUCAAGCUGUUGCGUCAGCGAGGAACAUAAGCUGUGUGCCAGGGGCCAAAAUCAAGUUGGUGUAACUCAGGGUCAAGCUGCCCCAACUUAGUCCUUGGCUCAUACUUGGAAUACUCUUCACUCUUUUACAGAAAUACAUACCUCGUGCAUUGCAAAUGACCAUAUCAGGAUCGUCCCAGCUUGUAUGGAAGAAGGCUGCUUUAGGGAGGAGUCAUUUUUCCCCUCUCCUAAGUCGAGAGAUAAGCCUUCAGAAACAUGAUCACCCGUCUCCAGCUGUACCACCCAGAAUCCUUUUUUUUUAAUGGCUGCUAGCUCGAUUCUGUGUUGUGCAGAGGAAUGAGAAACAGUUGACAACUUGAUUUUUGGUUUUCGUAACGGAAUUAAAAAUAAACCCUAACACAGGAUAGAGGUAGUUUAACUCCUUGUCCAGGUCCUUGUGCUAUUUUUCAACUAGAAUAUAACCAACCCACCCCUAAUCCUUUAAAACAUACACCUGGGGGCCAAAUCUGAAAUGCAAUCCACCCUUAUCCCGCUUGGAAUGGUGCUGUUUUGUCUACUACGACUUUGUCACAGGGGCGGACUGAUUUAAUGCGAGAACGCAGACAGACGUUUUCGUUCCAUCCGGAUCAUGUCAGUGUCGUUCAGAGGCAGUAAUUUAUUUUUUUAUUGUGGGGAUGUGGGUUUCCGAAAGGUCAGUUUGCUGCCGCCGUAGAACUCGUAAAGUUUUGUGUGGGGAUGAGCGAUGCUGCCUCUUAUUUCUGGGUCUGCAUUACCUGUAGGUCUCU